GAAUUCUUUCAACGUAGUUUUAAAAAUAAGAAAAGCUUAUCAAACACAGUAAAUGGACAGCAGAUGGCGUAACAGUCAAGCUAAUUAUGAAUGCAACAAUUUGCACAUAAAUUCAUUUUAGUUGUGAGUGUAAUAAAUUAUGUUUAAAGCCCAUGUAUAUACAGUACUUUUUAAAUGUUGUAAUGGCGUUCUCGCCAAAAAGUAACAUUUACAUAAUUCAUUGAAAAAAUAUUUUUUGUGGCUCCUUUGCGCCUUUUUACGUGUUCUCUGGGAAAAAUGUGGUCACACAUUUUUUAACCAUCCAUGGCACCUAUUCCAGGUGAUCCAACCAAUGUGCCCGCCAUGGCUUCUCCUCCGGGUUUAUGCGUGGCAUCUCCCCGCAGCGUAUUGCCGUUUCUAUUCAACCAGGCAGCGUCGUCCCCGACUGCCAGUAAUGAGCACCACCAAACCGGUUAGGGGUGGACUGACUGACAGUCCUUGGAGGAUAAGUGGAAUAGCGCCAGACGCUUUGCUCCGGUCCAUGUCUGCAUCACAACUACAGCCGGAACAGCGUCGUCUUGUUGGGCUUGGGCUCUCGCCAAAGGCCCGUUGACCCACUUUCUUAUCUAACGCGGCGGUAGCUAAGCUAACUUGCUUCUCUGGAGAUUGUCGCGUCGCUCUUUUUAAACUCUUCCAUUUUACCGGCACUAGAAAACUUGGAGUUUCAUCUUCUUAACGCCGUACGAGUGGUACCCAGGAAAGGUCUCAUCAAAAGUAAUGAGACUUGAUCAACCGAGACCUGGACCGUCGGACUAAGCUUUUACGACGUGAGGAGGUCAAAGAUUUCAAUGUCGUUGCCAUGUGUCAAGCUCUCACUCCGAGUCGACACCAAAACCUUUCGACAGCACUCGACGCGCUGAUCCGCGACGACGCUGGUUUCAGCGUCCACCUGUAUGCCACCUUCCUCCAUUCUCCUACUUCUCCUCUCGCCGGACCAGCUCGGCUGUCCGUAAGUUUGAUUCACAAAUGUCUUCCUCGCGAUUGAAAGACCCCAUCUGACAUGUUAACCCUGAAAAGGAUCAAAAUGACCACAAGUAUCGAUCAGGAUGAUGGUAGCAUCUUUGGAUUGGACGACGAUGACAAGGACAAAGCAAAACGGGUAUCCCGCAACAAGUCAGAAAAGAAGCGGCGGGAUCACUUCAACGUUCUCAUUAAAGAACUCGGCACCAUGUUGCCAGGUAACACCCGCAAGAUGGACAAAUCCACCAUUUUGCAGAAGAGCAUUGACUUCUUGCAGAAACAACAAGAAAUCUCUGCUCAGUCAGAGUCCACCGAGAUCAGGCAAGACUGGAAACCACCGUUUCUCAGCAAUGAAGAGUUCACUCGACUGAUGGUGGAGGCAUUGGACGGCUUCUUCCUUGCCAUCACUACGGACGGGAACAUCAUCUACGCCUCAGAGAGUGUCACGUCGCUGCUGGAGCAUCUCCCUUGUGAUCUCGUGGAUCAGAACCUGUUGAACUUCCUGCCCAGGGAGGAGCACUCGGAUGUCUACAAGCUGCUGUCCUCGCAUGUUGCUGAGGAGGAGACUUUGACGCCUGAAUAUUUGAAGACCAAGAACCAGCUGGAAUUCUGUUGCCAUAUGCUCCGAGGGACGAUGGACCCCAAAGAGCCGCCCGUGUACGAACAUGUGAAGUUUGUUGGAAACUUCAAGUCUGUCAACAAUGUACCUGAAUGCCCUCAGAAUGGAUUCGCAAAGGCCGUCAUUCAGCAAACGCUCCACUCGACCUUUGAGGAGCAGCUAUGUCUCAUCGCCACCGUCAAGCUUGUCAAACCCAAAUUUAUCAAGGAAAUGUGCACUGUCGAGGAGCCUAAUGAAGAGUUCACCUCCAGACACAGUUUAGAGUGGAAGUUUCUUUUCUUGGACCAUAGAGCUCCGCCUAUUAUAGGUUACCUACCGUUUGAAGUCCUGGGUACAUCCGGUUAUGACUACUACCAUGUAGAUGACCUGGACACGCUAGCUAAAUGUCACGAGCACCUCAUGCAGUACGGCAAAGGAAAAUCCUGCUUCUACAGAUUUCUCACCAAAGGGCAGCAGUGGAUUUGGUUGCAGACUCAUUACUACAUCACGUACCACCAGUGGAACUCCCGGCCAGAGUUCAUUGUUUGCACUCACACGGUUGUCAGCUACGGUGACGUGAGAUCAGAACAGCGGAGACAGUUUGGGCUGAAAGAAUCGCCAGCAGACAAGUCGCAUGACUCUGGCUUGGAAUCACAGCCCAACGCCUCCAACCUCAAAGAAGCGCUGGAGCGCUUCGGUGACAGCGGGACAGUGUCACCAUCGUCUCACAGUUCAUGCAAAUCUUCCUACACGCCUCUGUCAGAAGCCUCCUCGUCCCGAGUGAAGCUCCAAGGAGCGAAAAGCACACCGGGUCAUCAGUCAGUAUCACAAAGAAGAUCAUCAGUCGGUAGUCAGUCUGUCAGCUCCCAAAGCACAGUACAGACGGCAUCAUUGGUUUCCCAUCCACAACAACAACCACAAGAAGUUCCCCAAGCCUCGUCGCUGCAGUUCUGCGACCAGCUGGACAACAUGCAGAACAUGAAAAAGCAGCUGGAGCAGCGCACCCACGCCAUCGAGAACAACAUUCAGCGGCAACUUGACGAGCUGUGGAAGAUCCAGCAGGAACUGCAGAGGGUGCAGGAGCAAAGCCUGCAGAUGCUGGUGCAGAAAGGAGCCAUGAAUAUGACCACAGUGCAAGUGGCCCCCCAGAUGGCGCAGGGAAACCCCGGCCACAACAUGCAGAGCCCGAUGCUCUCUGCUGGCCCUCUGCAAACCACCUUACAACAACAACAUUCUGUGCAGCCCCAACAGAAUACAGCAUUGGCGCAGCCUUCACUAACAGCAUCUCUGUACAACACGGUGAUGAUCCCACAGCAAAACAGUGCCAACGUGCUGCAAAUCGCUGGCAGCCUUCCGUCCAAUACGGGGUCAAACACGCCCACGCUGGCCUCCUUCACACAGGACCGUACCGCCCAAAUUAGGUUUCCGGCCGCCCGCCAGCUACUCACUAAGUUGGUGACGGGCCAGAUGGCAUGCGGGGCUGUCAUGGUGCCAUCCACCAUGUUCAUGGGCCAAGUGGUGACAGCGUUUGCCCCCCAGGCGGCCCCCGCGCAAACCAUUAGCAUCGCUCAGCAGCCCACUCAGCAACCGGAGCAGCAGGGUCUGCGGAUGCUUCAAGGAAGUCAGCUGAUCCUGCCGGCGGGGGCAUUUCCGUUGCAGCAGGCAGGAGCGUUCGCCUCUCCUACCAACCAGCAGAAGCAACAGCAACACAGGACUGACACUUAACUAACUGCUCAACUGCUGCAACCUCUUGAGGAUCCCUGUUUGCACUGGACGUUGAGUCACUUUAAGCAAGGGUUUUCCCAAACUGUUUCACUACAAUCUGAGAGUGUCACAAAACAAUGGGCUUUCAGGUGACAUUUUUUAAUUAACCUGAAUAUGCUUCCGCUUUUACAGGUAAAUUUAACUCACUGACUACCACUGACGGUAAUAGACAUCCAAUCCAUUUGAACCGAGGACGACGAGUCACUGUUUCACAAGCAUUCAACAUUUUGUGAGUGGUGUAUGCUUUCUUUGAAAUUUAUUACAAUAAUUACAUCCCAAUAUCUGACCUAAUAAAAAUGGACACAACGCCAAUAAUAUACAGUUUGGGGAACCUUGUUCGGUUUUAUGCAAAAUCGCUCACGGACUACUUGCCUGCCCUAUUUUUAUGACAAGAAUGUACUCUAAAUUGGGAUUUAAACUGUAUUGAAACUCAUCUGUAUUAUAUAUAAUGUAAAUAUAUAGAAAAAGAGGGUACAAGUACUAUUUUUAUGGCGCAUGAGAGUGAAUAUGCUCUUUUUUUCAGUGUUGUAAGAAGACAAUUACACUGAUGACAAUCAUUUACAAAAUUUGCCAAAGUGUAUUCAAAUGUGUUGUGAAUUGUGUUACAGGGUUUUUUUUAAAAAAAAAAAAAAAAAAAAAAAACAAUAGCAAGCCUCUUAUUGGCGAGCUCCUUUUUUUAACCAUGUCCAAUGUGUGCUACUGCUGGUAAAGUAAAAACAUUUGCACUAAUGCUCCAAAAAAAGUAUACAUAUGUGUAGUGUUCAAACAGCUUCUCCAUAAUGCUUCCAAUAAAGUUACCGUGUCACUCAAAAGAUGCAGAAAUGCAAAAUUGUUUCAGCAAUGAUUCCUUAUCAACAAUUCACUGCCAUUGACGGCAAUAAUCGUCAAAACCAAUUUAAACUGUAAAGGAUGGCAACAAAUGAACAUAAUGAAACACGAUCAUUAAUUGUACCUACAGUGGUAUGAAAAUAUCUGAACCUUUUGGAAAAAAAUUUGUCAAAAUCACACAAAUGAAAAUACACUUUCUGCUUAAACUAAAACCAGCCAAACAUUUAUAGGUUUUCAUAUUUUAAUGAGAGAAUCAAUGAGAGAAUGGGUAAAAAUACAAUAAGUACGUGAACCCUCUGCCUGAGGAGACUUAAAGAGCAAAUGAAACCAGUUUUUACCAAAGUCAGGUGUGUGCCCAAACACUGAUGAGUGGUUAAGGCUGCCCUGCCCACUAUAAAACACACACCUGGUAAGAAAUGUCUUGAUGGGAAGCAUUGUCUGAUGUGCGUCACGACUCGGUCAAAAAAGCUGUCUGAAGACCUGCGAUCAAGGAUUGUUCAUUUCUAUAAAGCUGGGAAAGCAUACAAAACCAUCUCUAAAAGUCGGAUGUUCAUCAAUCGACAGUCAGAGACGUCUACAAAUGGAGAGAGUUUGGCACUGUUGCUUCUCUCCCAAGGAGUGGCCGGCUACCAAAGAUGACGCCAAGAGUUCAGCGCAGAAUACUCAAAGAGGUAAAAAAAAAGAACCCUAAAGUGUCUGCUAAAGACUUACAGUAAUUACUGGCACAGUCCAAUAUCCCUGUGCACAUAUCAACUAUAUGUAAAACCAUGGCCAAGAAUGGUGUUCAUGGGAGGACUCCACAGAGGAAGCCACUGCUGUCUAAAAAGACAUUGUUGCUCGUUUCAUGUUCGCAAAAACGCACUCGGACACUCCACAGACGUUUUGGCAAAAUAUUUUGUGGACUGAUGAAACCAAAGUUGAAUUGUUUGGGAGUAACAUACAACGUCAUGUGUGGAGGAAAAAUGGGACAGCUCAUCAACGUCAACACCUCAUCCCCACCGUGAAGCAUGGUGGAGGGAGCAUCAUGAUUUGGGGCUGUUAUGCUUCCUCCGGGCCUGGACAGCUUGCAAUCAUUAAUGGAAGAAUGAAUUCAAAAGUUUAUCAGGCUGUUUUGCAGGAAAACCUGAGGCCGUCUGUCAGACAGUUGAAGCUACAAAGAGGAUGGAUGCUGCAAAGUAUAACACCAACACCAACAAGACAAUGAUCCAAAACAAAGAAGUAAAUCGACUUCGGAAUGGUUUCAGAAGAACAAAAUACACAUUCUGGAGUGGCCAAGUCAAAGCCCAGACUUAAACCCCAUUGAGAUGCUGUGGCAUUACCUAAAGACAGCGAUUCUUGCCAGACAUCCCAGGAAUCUGACUGAACUACAGCAGUUUUGUAGAGAAGAAUGGGCCAAGAUUAGUCUUGAUUGAUGUGCCAGACUGAUCUGCAGCUACAGAAAGCGUCUGAUUGAAUUAUUGGUGCCAAAGGGGGGCCACAAAAUAUUUAAUGUUACGGUUCACUUACUUAUUUUUCCCUCUUCUGUUAUUGUUUGCAUACUAUCCUCAUUAAAAUAUGAAAACCUAUCAAUGUUUGGGUGGUUUUAGUUAAAGCAUUGUUUUUUUCAAGUGUGGGAUUUUGACAAAGAUCAGAUCACAUUUGAUGGUGAUUUAAUGCAGAAAUGUGAGAAAUUACAAAAGAUUCAGAUAGUUUUUCAUACCGCUGUAGUUGUUGCCUUUGUGUUGCUUUGAAUGUAGUUGCUGGAUUAUAGCAACACGUAGCAGUCAGAACAAGUGGUUUUAAUUUUAGACUUCCCUGACAUUACAGCGCUCAUUUAAUGAUAAAUUUAGACAUUUUAUGUUAAUUUGUGUAGAUAUAUUUUGUCUAAAUAAUUAAAUAAAACACAUGGAAGGUUUUUUAUUUUUAUUAAUUUUCAAUAUUUAUUAUACCGUAUUUUCACGACCAUACGGCGCACCGUAUUAAAGUUUUAAACUAAUUCUUGUGUGCUAUUUUUGUAUUUAACACACACAUAGGGCGCACCGGAUUAUUGGGCGCGUGGGCGUACAUGCAUGCACUCACGCUAAAACAUACAGUAGCAUUCACGCUAGCUUGCACGCUAGCAAACACACGAACGUAUUAAAAAAAAAAAGGCUGUGGACGCAAAACUGAGUUUGAUUGUACUUUAUUAAAGAAUUUUAAUAAGUACUCACAUUUUUUGUCAAUCCACAAAGCCAUCCAAAUCCUCAUCUUCUGUAUCUGACAUGAAUAGCUGGGCUAGGUCUCCAUCAAACACGCCAGGUUCCCCCUCUUCGUUGUCCGAGUCAGUCUCGUUGCCAUGAGGCUCCUCCUCGGAAAUAAUGCCGGCUUUGGCGAAAGCUCGAACAACAGUGCAAGCCGACACAUUAGCCCAAGCAUCCACAAUCCAUUCGCAAAUGUUAUCGGAACUCGCCCGGUGUUGCCUUCCAGUCUUUGUAAAACUGUGUUCGCCAUUCGUCAUCCAUUACUCCCACGCCGCACGCACCUUGACUUGGACGGUGAAACACGGAAAAAACCACCGGUCGCUUCACGUAAACCUCCCUCAGCCACUCUCUCAUUUUCUCUACGUCCAUCCAGCCCUUUUGAUUGGCUUUCACGACGACUCCGGCAGGAAACUUUUCUUUCGGCAACGUCUUCCUUUUGAAAAUCACCAGCGGUGGCAGUUUCUGUCCAUUAGCAUGGCCGCUAAGCACAACAGUAAAAGAUGACGUCUCAUGCCCCGUUGUGCGUAUCGCUACCGUGCUAGCUCCUUUCUUCUCCCCGCUGUCGCUAACCGGGACGUCGAAAGUGAGUGGCACCUCGUCCAUGUUCGUGAUAUGCUUCAGCUGGAUACGUUUGUCGGCAAUCUUUUUGCUGCAGUAGGAGCGGAAGAUAGUCAGCUUUUCCUUGUAAUCAGGUGGAAGUUGCUGCGCCAAUGUAGUUCUUGUCCGGAUGGAAAGAUAACGCCGUUUCAUGAAUCGAAAGCACCACGACGGACCUCCUCGAAAAUGUUCAAUUUUCAUCUCAUGCGCCAGCGUGUGUGCCUUCAAUCGCAU